AUCGACAACAUUCCCGACAACUGGAGCGUAGUUUCGAUUGGUCUUGGUGCAGAUAAGGCCGAUCUGAUCAUGUCUCGCUUGCAAGCAAAUAAGACUCCCCUGAUUUUGCGCCUGCCGCUCUCGCGCCAUAAUUCAAGAGAUAUGGAUGAAGAGACCUUCGAGUUUGAAGCGGCACGACAGGAGUUAGCAGACAUUGUCAAGACAAGCAAUGAUUCCGCGCAAGCAGCCAAGAAUAUCAUCGGUAAGCAAGCGAAGCUCGAGUGGUGGGAGCUUCGUAAGAGCCUUGACGAAAGAUUGAGAACGCUCCUUUUCAACAUGGAACGUUGUUGGCUGGGUGGCUUUCGUGGCCUCUUGGGAAGAUCAAAGCACGAUUCGGCAGCAUUUGACCAGUUCAAAUCGUCCUUUGCGAAGAUCAUGAUGACAUACGUGCCAUUUCGCAGCAACAGGUCAUUCGAUAUCGACACACGCAUCCUCGACUUGUUCGUUGACUUAGGCAGUAUCGACCAAGACGAGCUGUUGGAGCUACUCGAAGACCUACUCUACUUCAUUCUCGACAUCUACCAGUUCCAUGGCGAGUCGAUCGCUUAUGAUGAGAUUGACAUUGACAGGAUGACUGUUGAUAUUCAGACUGCAUUGAAUGCUUUCCACGAGCGAGCUGCACCUGCAGUUUCCGACGCCCACACAAUUCUCAUUUUGGACAAGGAGCUGAGCGAGUUCCCUUGGGAAUCAACCAAUUGUCUGCGCGGCUUGUCUGUUUCGCGGGUCCCGUCUCUCGCAGCGCUGAAAGGCAUGCUUGAUGCGCACGGGGCUCAGCCGCAAAGUAGCGCGGUCGGAGGUCGGUAUAUUCUGAAUCCAUCGCAAGAUUUGAAGCAAACCGAAGUUUUCUUUCAUGAACGCUUGCAAAGCUUGCCAGACUGGCAAGGCAUCACAAGCCGUGUGCCUGAGGAAGCCGAGGUGCUUGACUAUCUUGGUCAAGGGAGCAUCUACAUCUACUUUGGACACGGGGGCGGCGAGCAAUACGUUCGUGCCUCUAAACUGAAGCAGCUUCCGAAGACGGCCUUGGCAAUUUUGAUGGGCUGUAGCUCUGGUGCACUGAGAGAUCAAGGCCUGUAUGAUCGCUGGGGAACGCCCUACAACUACCUGGUGGCCGGGUCACCUUGUGUGCUAGCCAAUCUUUGGGACGUCACUGACAAGGAUAUCGAUCGGUUCAGCGAGAAAGUGCUGACCCUUUGGGGCCUAUUUGCUUCGACAGACUCGCAGCAGAGUCCAGUCAAGGGAAAGCGACGACAGGCUUUACAGAAACCGCAGGACUUUCAGGGCAUGUCUCUUCCCCUGGCAGUCUCGCAAAGCCGGGACGAGUGCGUCAUGCCAUACCUCAACGGCGCUGCUCCAGUUGUUUACGGACUCCCCGUGCAUUUG